AUGGUUGAAAAAGAGUCGACUCAGAGUGCGCAGACGACAGCGAAUGAUCCAGAAUGGUCAUCAGCAUCGAAUGCAUCCACACCCGUCGCAUCCAACCAACAACAACACCAUCAACAAGUGACUCAUCAUGACCCAGUGGAGACACCGCAUCAGAAACAACUACUCAAUUUGGUGUUCAGAUCAAUGAAGCGCACACACGAUUUCUUCUUUCACGACUAUCACAACGCUUAUCCGACGGAUCCAAAAGCUGAUGAGUUGUGGCGAUCGGUGAAGGUGAAAUGUGAAUUCGGCGAUGUGCUGAAUCAUGUCCAAGAUGAGAAACGGCGUAAAGAAGAUGAAAUUCUGAAUUUACCAAAGAAUGAAACGAACGGCGGCAGCGUUCUCCUCUCGACGCCGUCGAAUCAAAAUGGUUUUUAA